AUGGCCAAAGCCAGAUGUGUUUGGGGCGAACUGCAAUGCAAUCGCUUUACACUGGUGAGCCGGGUAGGCGCUGAGUGGAGGCGCCUUGUACUGAAGGGUAUGGGACCAAUAAUACGCCUGGCGGAAGCUGUGACAGAGGUCGAUAUUAUUCAGGCUGAGAUCACCGCCGCCAAAGCUAAAGGCUACGGUGAAGGAAUCGCUGAUCGUGCCGAAGGGAAAUUGGAUUCCGUCACGGGUGCCAUCAAAGGCGACAAGCAGCAGCAAGCUAGCGGCAAUGCUCAGCAAGAUAAGGGUAUCGUCCAGCAGAACCUUAACAAGUAG